AUGAUGCUUGCGACCGGGACGACGGUGCAGCUCAAGACCGCGGCGAUGCUGGUCAAGGAGCGGCGGAUCGAGUUUCGCCGGGCGCGCAAGGCCGCCAACGCCGGCGCCGCGGUCGUCGUGGCCGGCGACAAGGCGGCCAAGGGUGCGAAAGCCAAGAGCAGCUCGCUCAUUGACGUGCAUGAGAUCCACCGCCUCGUCAAGUGGAAGGUCCCGCGCAAGAUCGGGCCCGGUCUCUCGAACCUCGGCAACACGUGCUACCUCAACUCGGUGCUGCAGUGUCUCCUCUACUCGCCGGCGCUCGUCCAGUAUUUGCUGCCACGCGCGACGGCGAAAGCGAUGCCGCAGCUCAAGUCGGGCUUUGCGGCCGAAAAGGUCAUGGCCCGCCUCAUUGCGCAGAUGCACGCGUCGAAUGCACCGCGCGUCGUCCAGCCGCGCGAGCUCGUCGUGAACCUCAAGCAGAUUGCAAAGUUCUUCCGCAUUGGCCGGCAAGAAGACUCGCACGAGUUCUUCCGACACCUCCUCGAUGCGAUGCACAAGCAGGCGCUCAAGGCCGCGGGUCUCAAGGACGACAACUCGCCCAUGUCUCUCUCGACGCUUGUGCGCUCUGUCUUUGGCGGCUCGUUGCGCUCGUACGUGCAAUGCGCCAAAUGCAAGUACGUCUCGGAGCGCCUCGAGCCGUUCCUCGACCUCUCGCUCGAGAUUUCGUCCGGCAUCUCGACGAUUGCAAAUGCGCUGCGGCACUUUACAGCGGUUGAAACGCUGGAUACAGAGAACGCGUGGAAGUGUUCGGGCUGCAGCCAGCGCAGCCGCGCCAGCAAGGGCCUCUCAAUCCACAGCGUUCCGAACGCCCUCGUGCUCCAUCUCAAGCGCUUUGACGUCUUUCGCGGUAAACUCAAAAAACACAUUGCGUUCGACGACGUCCUCGACCUCAACCUCGGCGGGUCGGUCCUGAGCGCCAAGUGCGCCGAGAAGAAGCUCGCGCGCUACAAGCUCACGGGCGUCCUCGUGCACUCGGGCAUGUCGCCCGACUGCGGCCACUACUACGCGUUUGUCAAGAGCCCUGCCGGCCAGUGGUUUGAAAUGAACGACGAGAGCGUCCGCAUGGUGCAGCUCCAGACCGUGCUCUCCCAGCGCGCCUACAUGCUCUUCUAUACGCGGGACGUGGUGCCCAAGGCGCCGGCGCCCGAGCCGCCGCCGCUCCCGACCAAGGCUGUUGCUGAAAAGGACGACGACGUGACGUCCGAAGAGAGCGUCAGCGAGGACGAUGACGAGCGUACCGUGGUCGAGAACGAGCCCGAGCUGGUGAAGGGCGUCUCGCUCAAGACCGUCGCAACGCCGAUGGCCUUUGCACCUACCUUUACGGGCCGCAUCGGACACGUGUCGCGUUUCGGUGCCCCGUGGAAGCGGUUCGUGGUGCCCCGGCGCACGCCCAAGGCGCCGGCCAAUGUCGACGCGGCGGUCGUCGUUGCGCGCAAGCCGGUGGUCGAGCCGAUCGCAAUCAACCCCAAGAGCCUCAACAAGAACAGUCUCUUUGGCGCCGACGUGCCCCAGUGGAACGACGACGCCGUCAAGGACGCGACACCGCUCGACGCGCAGAGCAUCGCGCUGCAGACAGAGCACAACAAGAAGGUCCGGCUGCUCAACCAAGAAGUCUUCAAGCACAAGAAGAAGGUCGGUCUCGACCUCUGGGACCAAACGCUCGACCUCGGCAAGAUCAAGAAGGUCAAGAAGCGCAAGGAGUUUGCGGCCAACGAGGGCGCGACCAACCAAUUUCAGCGGGCGCUCGAGGCGAAGAAGAAGGCCAAGCGUGUAUGA